UGUCCCUGGUGCUUGCGCCCUACCCGGUGUUUACUGGCCGGGAAGGUCACCCACGUGGGGGUGCGGCUCGGACUCGGUGCGAGGAGAUGUUGGGCGCGGUGCCGUCCCCGGGGCUUACCGGGCGGCGCUCCGCGCUGGCGGCUCUGGGGGCUGCGGCCGCCGCGCUCAGGCCCUUCCUGUGCGGCCUCCCCGGCUGCCGAGCUCCCCGGCGCGGCCUGGGCCAGGUGCCGCGGCAGCACCCGGACUCCGGGCUCCAGCUGCGGCUCCCGGAGGCGGCCGAGGCGGCGCGGCUGGUUCUGGAGAGGGCGCGGCCCUCCCCCCCGCUGCGCAGGUUCAUCGCAUGCCCCGACCUGGCCCGCGCCGUGCACGCGAGCCUGGAGUGUGGCCCGGCCUGUGGCCCCGAGCCAGUCGUCCUGGAGUGCGAGCCAGGUCCUGGAGUCUUGACCCGGACGCUACUCAAUGCAGGUGCCCGAGUGGUAGCUCUGGAGAGUGACAGAGCUUUCCUUCCAGAAUUACAGUCUCUGGAGAACAGCCUACAUGGACAAUUAGAAGUUGUUCAUUGUGACUUCUUCAGAUUGGAUCCUUUGGGCUGUGGAUCUAUGAAACCACCUGCUAUGUAUUCUGAGAAACUUUUUGAAAAUUUGGGCAUCUUGGCAGUUCCUUGGACAGCAGAUGUUCCUGUAAAAAUUAUUGGAUUCCUUCCGCAAAAAAAGGAAAGAAACACUCUUUGGAAGUUUAUCUUUGUCAUGUAUGAACGCAGUUCCAUAUACAGAUAUGGAAGAAUAGAACUGAACAUGUUUGUUAGUGAAAAAGAGUACAAGGUAUUGACUGCAAAACCUGGUGAACUAAGGAGUUAUCAAGCAUUAAGUGUGCUAUUGCAAACUGCCUGUGAAAUUCAGCUUCUCCACAUGGAACCUUGGUCCUCAUUUUUGACUAAUUCAAAAACCAGGGGACUUGCAAUACCGAAGAGCGUGCUGCUGCCAAACGACCACUUAUGUUUAGUACGAAUGACCCCACGGAGGCAUUUAUUUACAGGUGGCAUGACAACCACAAAUUCAUCUACUUUUAUUCAUAUGGUAAAACAGUGUCUUGCUAAACGCAAGUCUAAACUAAUUGAUAGACUUAACUCAUGGAGUCCAGACAGUGGGAGUAAAAUAUUAAGGGAGCUGGAAAUACCGGAAAACAUUAUAACAGGCAAUUUGUAUCCAGAAGAGUACAGACGCCUUUUUGAAGCUAUGGAACACUCUAAAGAAUUUAGUCAAAGUUGGCUCUAUGAUGAAGUCUUGGAAAAUAACAGGAACAUAAAUUUCUAAAUCUAAACCUGCUGGUUUUGAAACAAAUUAUUUGUUUCAGUGACUAUAUUGUGAUGCAAAUAAUAAGAAAUGGGCUCAAAAUCUUAGAAUUCCAUCAGUAAAGAUUAUUUUGUCCCCUGCACAAAUCAGAAGAUUAAAGUCGCAUGAGAUGCAACAGCCUGUCUAUACAGGGGAAAAAAACUGUUUAAACCACGUGUAGGCAUGGCAGUUAACAGGUCAUUCUGUAUGCAUGGGAUUGAAAUCAAACGUUGCAUCUUCUCUAGCAGCAUAAUGGCAACUGUUGUUGCUCUUGGAAUAUGACAUAAAAUGUACUGCCUUUGUUGCUACUCUACUGUAUAUUUGUUAUAUUUUAAAUACUGUGAGACCAAAUACUUGUACAAUUUGGAUUUGGUUGUCAGCAUACUUAAUUAUUAUGAUUAACUCUUUCACAGUGCCCCAAAAUGUUUAGACCCUUUACAAAUAUAAGACCUAUUUUCCUUCUCCCUGGCCUAAGGAACAUAGUCUAAAAUGAACAUGAUACAAUAAUAGUUACGAAUAAAGGGGUGAGGAAAAAUGGGAGAGUGAAAAACAACAGUAGAAUAAUAUGGGUACUCAAGUUAGUUAUAUGUGUUCCUUUUUUUAAUGUAUGCUCUGCAUUAUCUAGAAAUUUCAAAAGUCAGAAGAUGUUGAUCACUCUUCUACAUAACCUGCCACCCAUCCACAUGCAUAUAGGCUUUGCUAUCUUAUUUGCAUCUAAAAUUUUUCCACCAGACCUUUAAACGUGCAAGCCAUGAAAAUUCUCUCUUCCCCACAACCUAUACCCUUUAUAUAAUUGUUAAAAUGUGUGUAUAUUAUAUGCAUAUAAGCACAACUCACUAAAAUUUUAUUCCUAGCCAGAGUAUUUGUUUACACUCUCCUCAGCUACUAUUCUCCCUCAUUAACCAACUCUUUCCUAUUUCCCCUGUCCAUUUGGUGUUGAGGCUGGUGGGGAGUGGGAGGUGUCAAGGAAUGUUCCUUUAAGUGUCCAGGUACAAGACAACAGCAUAUCUGUUAAGUAUAGGCUUGGGUAGCUCAGAUACUGGGAAGUUGUGCUGCUUCAGUCUCUGCUAAUGGAGAAGUGUGUCUUGAUUCUCCAGGAGGGAUGGUAGAAAGCAGUGGCUGGGCCAUUAUCCCUGCCCUACUACUGUAGUCCCUGCUACUGGAGAUAAUCUGCGGACAAUCUAUUGCAAUAUUUAAAUGCUGAAACUGCUAGAAGGUCUAUUUCAUGUACUCUCCGUUCCAUCCUACAGCAUUAACUAAAUCCUGGAAUAAUUCUUGCAUAUUGGAAUUAUCUUCCCAUUCACACCUUUCCUGACACUUAGAUAUUAUAAGAAUCUGUAUUUACAAAGUGAUCACCGUUGCUGAGUUAGCAUAAAACAGGAGCAAUUUAGUUUCUGCUGUAGCAGUAAUAGGUGAUAACUGAAUGUUCUUGCUGAUGCAGCCAUCCAGCAAGAGUUAAUAUUGUAACUCCUCCUGUGCGUUUUUUUCUCAGGCAUCAAAUGCCUGGUUCUUGUUGCAGCAAGAUAUCUGCACUAAAUCAAGAUGCUAAAGAAUAAAGGGGAGAUUGUCAUUAUAGAGUGACUGACUUUUACCUGUGUUAUUGAUAACACUAAAAUAUGUGAGCAGUGAAUUGGAAAAAAAUUUACUGUCACUCUUAAUGCUAUUUGUUUACAAAACAAUAAGGCAAAGCACACACUCAAGGAGUCGGUAUAGGGUAUAGUGUUUGGAGCAGGGGAUUGGGAAUUAGGAGAUUUGAGUUCUGUUCCUGGCUCUGCGAUUAAUUCUAACCUUGGGCACCUCUUUGUCCCCUUAUGUAAAAUGGGGAGAAUGAUGCCUGCCUUUGUAAAGUGAGAUCCCAAAAGGUACAAUAAGUGUAAAAUACUGGCUUUAUAGCAGUCAAAUUGGACAUGAAAACUGAAGUGUCUAUAGCUUCGCUUUAAUCUUAUGCGCUAGCCCAUUGUUGCAAUGAUCUGUUGCUGACUGCCAUAGAGCAAUGGUAUAAUGAUUAUAUUGGUCUGUUUAACAUUAAUAUUAGAGUAAAUGCAACAACUAAGUGCUCUUUUCUAAUUUUUUUUUUUACCCAGAGUCCAUGUGGAGGGAUUGUAUAUUUAUAAAGAAGUCCUUAUUCCAUACCACUGUAGUGUCCUUCCAGCACUUUUAAGGCAGCACAGUAGUUGGUGCUUUUGUAUAUAUUCUGGCGUAUGUGGGCCUUACUUAGCAGCUGUUCCACAACAUGAUACCAGGGUUACGGUUGGUGAGGAUGUAAUUGAGUUAAUAAGGACAGAAACAGGAGAUGCGUCCAACACAAAGCUGGUUGUAAUUGUGUGGCAAAGAAGAGAGAGAGCUGUAGUCAUGGGACGGUCAUAUCUGAAAUCUUCAGUUUGCAAUAGUUACUUAAUCCAAACAGCAAUUAAAAAUGUUUGGUCAUCUCUUGAGUAUGCCCUUCAAGAUGUAAUGAGAUGAGACUAUUUAUAGGCAUUCUAUUGACAAGUUAAACAAUAUUUCUACUCAGAGGGCUUGAAAUAUAAUAUUGUCUGGCUUGUAAAACAAAUCGUCUUUUGGAAUGAAAGUUGAAUGCUGAUCCAGGCACUCUGAUUCUUUGCUAUGGAGGAGAACCAGCUUCACGUGGAAGUCUGUCUUUAUUCCUAACCAGACUGGGUUCAGUAUGCUCAGUUACUGGGGAGAAAAUAUAUCCAGAUUUUCAGUAGUGUCCUCUGCAGGUGACUGAGGAGCAGUAUCAGUGGGCUUAGAAAGAGGACCUGUGUACUUAGGAUAAUGGUUGUGCUGUGGGAGAAGUAAAGUAGAUCAAAAUGGGGGGUUAUUUCAGGGGACCCACAGAACUGCUCUGAGCAGGGGAACUGGGUGGAAAAAGGAAUUGUGAAAGAAAAUGCUUUGCAUCUCUUGUGUUGAGUUACAAGUAAUAAUUAAUACAUUUAUGUUGUGGAAAAUGUAGGAAAGAAUGAUUCCAGAACAGACCUUGGAUUUGGCCUGACCAUUAGAGAAAUAUGUCUCAGCCUGCCCUCUCAACCUGCUGAGUUUGUGCUAAUUGAAACAGGCCUGCCAGUUUGCAAGGCCUGUGCUAAUUGUAGAAAAAACAUCCAGAAACAAAGAGCUUGUUCUAAAAGUAACAAGAUAAUGGCUGUCCUUUAUGGCUGAUACAACUUUGUUUUCCUAAACUCCAGAAUAAGAUUUGUGAUGAAUAGACUUAUUGAAGUCUGCCAUGUCCCAGUGAUUUUAGAAUGGUAUAUUAAAGGAUGGGUAGGUGAUAAAAUGCAAAUGUGACAGGAUAUAUGUUGGAGUGUAAGUGUGAUUCUAUGUAUGAUUAAAUGAGGAAUGAAAGGUUAAAGGUUGAGGUGUCAGCCUUAAAAUAAGACUGUUUGGCUGAAGAAUACAGUGGACAAGAUAGCCUGAUAACCCUGAGGGCAUACUUGCCCAAAGGACAGGAGGGCAAAGAACUAGAUAACAUACUGUCAUUCCGUCAUUGCUGUGCCAUCUGCGUGAUUGAUUACCACUUCAAACAUAAGAACAGCAUGACAAGGCAAAUACAUGAGGAUGGAUCCCUGUAAGAAUAGACCCUGAAGACUCAGGACUUUGGGGUCUGAUUCUGCAAACCAACUCACAUCUCACAAGGCCCUGCUCCCUCCUCGUGUCCAGGCCACCUGGCCAGUGGCUUGGCACAAGCAACUCGAAGGCUGAUAACUAUGAUGAUAACCUUGCAGAACGUGUGUGUGUGUGUGUGUGUGAGAAUGUGAAAUUGAAUGGAAUGUUCUGGCUAUAAUUGACUGCUUACUAUGAUUCUUUCUGUAUUCACAAUGUGGCAUUUUGCCUUAUCCCCUUUAAUAAGAUCCUGCUGAUUUUUAUUUUAUUGGCAUAACAUAUAUCAUUGUAGGGUUUAUUCUGAAAAAAAAAAAACCUGCAUUUCACAAAAUAUGAAAUGUACCUGUAUAUUCUAUCAAUUGUUUUUCUAGUUUGUUUCAAAUAAUUCUAACCAUAAUUCUCAGACUUUCACAUGCCUAAAUUGUUUGAAAAGAUUUGGUGUCAAGCUGUUUUAUUCAUAUGGAGCAGGGCCCUGCAAAAUGAUCCUGUACUUUAGUGCCACAAUAGCCAUGCACAUCAUAAAGGAUCAUAGCAGCAUCAGGUAAAGAUAAAAUGUAUGUAUCUAUAUACUGAUGUGUCAAGAAGCACAUAAAGGCAGGGAAAAGUUUGAAAUGGCAUUUUGAUUUGUGGAGGAGAUUCCUAAUGAAGGUCUGUGCAAACGGAUGCCGUAGGCUUAAAUAUCUUUUUGACCACUGGUCCAUGACCAGUGCUUAGAACAGGGCUUGAAAGCAUUUCUGCUUGCUCUGCCAAAGUAUUCCUUGGCCUUAGUGACAUAAUUCAUUACAAUUGUGGCUAUAACUUGUUUUGAAUGUUAACUGUUAAAAAGUGUAUUAAGGAAAACUAAUCCCUCUGCUAUUGUUAUCUCUUCCAAUAAAAUGCAAGAAGUCAUUUGAAGCCUAGUCAAAAUAGUUCGUGUUGGACCCAGAGGAAGGAACUAAAUUCCAAUGUGAAAUAAAUUGAAGAAAAAUAUCAAGACCUUGUUAUUCAGACAUUUCUCCUCUUCAUUCUGUUGAGCCAUGGUAAGUGCUUUGGAUUGAAACAUUUUUGAACUAUUGAGAGGCUUAAAGGUAUUGAAAAAAUGAUUCUAACUGAUUCCCAUGCUUUAAUAUCUUGCUUCCCCACUCCCAAAAUUCUGAUGUGAUUUUUAGCAAUCAGUAUCCCAAACAACAGAUAGUUUAAUGCCAUUUGAAAGCUGGAAUCAGAGGGUUUUUUUAGAUGGUAAAGCCUUGGAUUCCAGCUGCAAUAUUUGUGAUAGUAGCUACUAUGGUAUGUCUGAAUUAAUACCAGGGCUAGAAACAAAUGCUGGCUCUGGUUGCUUUGGGAAUAUGACUAUAAGCCUUUUGCUAGUUCCUUAGAACAGAAAGGCUAUUGUGACACUGGUUCAGGACUGCAUAUAGAUGCAUACUCUAUAUAUUCAAUAAACUUUUGUGCUAUGGAUUAGUAUAACUUUAAAUUCCUGGAGGAAUUUAGAGAAUUAAAAAUAACUCCUUGAAAGUGUAGUGAAAUAUAUACUUUAAUUCAGUUUCUUCUUGUAGUUUUCCUUAGAGGAAAGUAUACGUGUUGCAAGGGAGAGGAGCAUCAAAUUAUGUAAUUCAAAAGCGUAAAUUGGUGCAAUUGGACCUUCUUUUUACCUCACAACAAUGAAAAAGAACACUUAAUUUUAUGACUGCAAAAUAUAUUUUCAUUCUUAAAUCUUAUAAGCAUGUAAACUUUAAAUAAUCAAUUUUGGUAGACACGUGUUGGCUUUACUUAUAUGAUUAUGCAUAUAGUGCCUUAAAUUUGCACUGAGAAAUGUUCCCAUCCCUAAAGAUGGAGAUAAGAUUACAGCUACAUACUACUACAUUGUCAGUAGUUUUAAUGCUUUUAGCAGUUCUAGCUGUAAGAUGCAUCUUAAGGUGACUUGAAAAGGAGAAAGGAAAAAAAGGGUUGAAGUCUUUAUUUACUGCCUUAUGUGUAAAAGAGACCUAAAAAUAGGGUGUUGGAAGUUUUGUUUUCUGAAAAGUAUCUGACUUCUUAAAACUUUAAUCCCCAUGCCCCAUCAUGCAUACAUGUAUAAUCAAGCCUAAAAUCACUUUCAUUUUUUCAGAUUUUAUAAAAGCGAAGCUAGAAAUCACAUAAAGGAAACAGAACUACAUAGAUUUGGUGUCAUUUCGUAUCAAGAGAUCAAUAAGUCACCAAAAUACUACAUAGAAAGAUAAUUAAUUCAGCAGAGCAUAUAGAAAAUCAGGUAGCAUAGUAAACUCAAAACAUUUCUUUGGCCAGGACACUCCCAUUGACUUCAGUUGCAAUUCUAUGUUCUAAGGCUUGCAGCAGCAGUCCUAUAAGAGCAGCAUAAUGAAUUUCCCUAUUUCUGCCAGUUGCACUGAAUACAUCUCAAGUUCACACCAGAUCGACAGCUUAUCAUACUAAAAUAUUUAAAAUUGUGUGAUGCAGAAAAAUUGUGGAGUAUCUCCUUUGCAUUUUACAUAUUAUUGCAGCACUUAAUUUAUAUAGUAUUGUCAUAUAAAAUGGCAAGAUUUUAAAAUUACCUUGGAUACUAAUUAAGUUGUAAGCUCCUUGGGGCAGAGUCUGUCUCCUAUAGGAACAGCAUCUGGACCUCAGGGUUCUAUUGUGUAAUACAGAUAAUAAAAGAUUGAUGUGGCAGUUUAAAUUCCACAGAAUAACAUGAAUGACUGUAAAUAAAGCUUUUGAAGAAUGUCUACUUUGAAUUCACUGAUGUGAUGUAUAUAGUUUCAUGCAGGUUCAGCCUUAUUAGUUAAAUAAUCACUGCUUUGUUUCAUAUAUUAUUUGUUAGGAGCACUGUUUAGGCAGACAGACUUGCUAUACCAAAUCAGAGCAGCAAUCCAUCAUGUUUUGUAUCUUGCCUGUGGUUCGUUCAUGUGAUGAAAAUCUCACUCAUGCCCCUAACCUCUUUUAUAAUAACCUACAUCUCAGGGAAAACUUCUUGAAUCACUGUGAUGAUCUGUUCACAUCUUCAGUUAUGAAUCCGGAAUACUUACAUCCUGCUAUAUGUAAUUACCAGUGUUAUUGGUCAUAAAAUUACCUAGCCACAAUAGUUAAGGGCAUACCUGCCUUUCCUGUGAAUUCCAACAGGUUAUCAAAUGUAUGAAGAAGUAUUUCACUUAUUUCUAGCCAUUAAUUUCAGUGGUACAGGAUUAAUUUUUCUCUGUGUGUGUGUACACAUAUAUAUGUAUAUAUAUGUGUGGGUGUGUAUAUAUAUAUGAGACUUGAGUUCCUGUAUUUUUUUUUAUUUUGAAAUGUUUACACAUAAUAGAUGAUAGUUUAGCUAUGCUUCCUCUAAAUCGAAAGGGCUUUGCAAAAUGUAAUUAACAUAAUAUCAUGAUGGCCCAGAGUAGUUUUCCUGUGUAUGAAAAUGGGGACCAUAAAAACAGUUAAGGCCUAGAUCCUUAAAGGUGUUUAGGCACCUAACAUUGAUUUUAAUCCCUUUGAGGAUCUGGGCCUAAAUGGCUUCCGCAGGGAUGGAGAGCAAGUCCAUGGCAGAUCUGGAAUUAAGUCUCAAUUCUCAGAAGUUAUCAGCUGGCAUCUUGUGCUUAUUCAGCAACUCAUAUGCCUCAGCGUUGCCUACCCAUAAUUGCUCAAGGUAGACAUGCUGUUCUAUGCUUUCCACUCAACUAGUGAAAAAACAGUUGUUUGACAAUACACUCUGGAAUACCAUAUCCAACUGAAACUAGGGGUAGCUUAGGUAAAAAGAAUAGAAUUUGAACCAGGACAGAUGCGUAUACUAUUGUAGAAUAUAUCAUGGAAGGUAUAUUCACUAGAAGUGCUCAGCACCUGUAUUUUACAAGCCCUCUGAAAGUCAGUUAUCAAGCUAGAAUGUUAAGUUCAGUACUGACUAGCAGUCCCCCCUUCUGCAUCACCAGUGCCACUUCCUUCGGCUAGACCCUGUAAUGGUCUGACUAGAUAUUAGAGCCACAGGUGAAUUUGGUGACCUCCCAUAAAUGUAAAAAUGUGGUACAAACAGGUAAAUUUUCCACUUCUUGUUGGAGUGAGUCUACACAUGUAUAUAGUUUGGCUUUAUAGAUUACAACAAUAUAAAUCUCAGCCUAAAUUGGCUAUUCCUAGAGUGUCCCUAAAAUUGCCAUUAUCCCAGUCACAACCUUCAGCAUGGUUGCAAACAGGUCCAAGAGGAGUGUGACCAUCCUCCCUUUCUUUAUGGCUGAAUGAGAGUCCUGAAUUUUUUUCCCUUUUAAUUAACGGUCUAACCAUAUGAAAAAGGUUGAGAACUACUGUUCUUGUUCCUCAGCCAAGGAGACAUUCUGCUUGGAGCUUAUAGAGGCCAGCAGCCAGCAUGAGUCAGCAGUAACUACUAUUCUUCAUCAUUAUCGAGCAGAGUUCUAGCACCUGAUCUCUAGAGUGGAUCAACCAAGAAACCCAGCAUUUUAUCACUUUACUUGUGGGUAUAUUUCUAAAUAUUUAACGUUACUCUCCAAAAUAGGAAAAUCAGACUUUUAAAAAAGUCUUAUACCCACACAAUGUUACUAAAACUCAAACUUUUACUUUCAGGAGUAUUGUCUGAAAAAAAUAAAAAAUAAUAAUGCCCUGUAACAUACUUGACUCAUGCCUGCAAUGAUGGGAGAUGAUUUUCACCUUGUAAUUAUCUCCAGGAAGUGAGUCAGCAAUAAAGUAGUUACACCUCUUGGCUGACAGCUAAGAAAUUAUAGUAAUAUUGACUAAGUUUAUUUCUGCCCUCCUAAGAAAGUUAUACCACGUGUUUCUGAGACAGGAAUGGGACAGAAGAACAAAAGUCAAUUUAUAAAACUAAUCAUGUAAAAGGUCAGCAUGUAAUGUCUGUCUAAUCUAUAUGAGAGAUUAUUAUAAAUCCGUGCUAGGCUUCAAAGUCCUCCGGCUGCUUUUUUCAAAUAUACACAUAAGAAUCAUUCACUUCAACCUAGUG